AUGCUACUUCAUGGAUGGGAGGACGCAAUCAUAUGCAGAGCAUUUCCGCUUACCUUAACUGAGCAUGCACGUAUAUGGUUUAAUAAUCUGAAGGAAGGAUCAAUUUCAAACUUCAAUCAGAUGAGGAAGGAAUUUAUAAAUGUGUUCCUCAUUAAUGCUAGAAGAUAUAAGGACGCUUCAUACCUUCUGACUAUUAAACAAGAUGAGAAAGAGAACCUGAAGGACUAUGUUGAAAGAUUCCGUGCCGCUACCUUAGAAGUACAAGAUCUUCAAGCCACAGUAGCAGUAUCACGAAUGCUUCAAGGGACAAGAUCAAGAAAUUUUCAAAAAUCUCUUUCCCCUAAUCAACCCCUUACUCUUGGAGAUCUAUUCAAUCGGGCUACUAAGUUUAUCCUUUCAGAGGAUGUCAUGAGGCACAUCAAUACUGGAAAUAGAGAUAAGAAAAGAAAAGAUAGAGAUAAAACUAAUUAUGAAGGGAGAAGGACUGGAAGAGGAAAUGAACACAGACAAAUUCCAAAGCUCAAAUUUGAGAACUUCACACCAUUGAGCCAACCACGUUCUACCAUCCUGCCAAGAAUAGAAGGAUCUGGUCUCCUUGCCUUUCCUCCUAAGGCAAACGAGACAAUAGGAAAGUUUACAGACGCAUACUGUAGGUUUCACAAAACCCAUGGACAUUCAACUGAUAGAUGCAGAGAACUGAUGAAUGAGAUUGAAUCACUAGUGCACCAAGGAAAGCUUAACAAAUUUGUCUACUCAGAAGCAUGGAGAAACGAGAAACCGUCUUACUUAAAAAAGGAAAGAUAUGAAGAUAACAAAGGGAUGAACGAUAAAAAAGAUUCCAAGAUGACUGAGAAAACCCCCCCCAUUUUAGACAACAAGCCAUCUCACCCAGCAAUAUAUGUUAUUAUUGGUGGUGAAACCUUAGCAGGUAAGACUUCUAUAUCAAGGAAGGCUUAUGCAAGGCAAGCUUAUGAAGUUAAAAGCAUCAUGAAAACUCAAGAGAAUAAAGAACCAAUUACUUUUACUGCCGAAGAUCAAGGAGAUGUAGUCAUGCCCCAUGAUGAUGCAAUGGUUAUUUCCGAAACUAUUAUGAAGUUCCCAGUAGAGAGAAUUCUCAUUGAUAAUGGGAGCUCUGUAAACCUUAUCUAUUGGAACUUCUUUGAGAAGAUGAAUCUAUCAUAUGAUAGAUUGAAGAAGGUGUCAUCCCCACUAUUUAGCUUCUCAUGA